UGGCCCGAAAAGGAACACUAAACCCCCCUCUGUACAUCUUAAACCCCAUUUUAGGAGAAUUUCUUCCCCUCUUCGGUGGAUUCGAAUUUUGUGUGAAGAAAAGCGAACCAGACAUUUGCAAAGAACUUCAUUAUACUUUUGCUUUUGGAACUAAUUGGCAUAUGUUACAAACCAGCGGUAACUACUACUGAACUCAACACCACUACAGAUAGGUAUAUACUGGUAGCUCCACUCAAAGAAUGCUUCUUCAAUGUCCGUCUGUGGCAUCAUGUGGUAACAGGCGUUAUUUUCAAUCUGGCCCAGAUUUUAAAGCUCCUCAUACGACCGCUCUACCGAUAAAAGGUUUACAUAUUGCAAUGAAGAGCUUUGAAGGUGGAGAUGGAACUUCUUCUGUUCAGCUAAAAAACCAACUUACUUGUUGCCGAUCAUCCAGCGAGCAUUCCUAUAAUUACAGCUCUUUCAGGGAGGACGAGAUAUCUGUACAUGGACUGUCUGAUAAAAUUGUUGGUGUCUUGGGAGGAGGACAAUUGGGCCAGAUGCUGUGUCAAGCAGCUUCGCAGAUGGGUAUCAAAGUAAUGGUUUUGGAUCCACUUGAGAACUGUCCGGCAAGUGCUCUUGCAUACAACCAUGUUAUCGGAAGAUUUGAUGAUAGAGUUGCAGUUGAAGCAUUUGCGAAGAGAUGUGGAGUAUUGACUAUUGAAAUUGAGCAUGUCGAUGUUGCUACACUAGAAAAGCUUGAGCAACAAGGCGUAGAUUGCCAACCUAAAGCCUCUACAAUUCGAAUAAUUCAAGAUAAAUAUCUUCAGAAGGUUCAUUUUUCUCAGAAUGCCAUUCCAAUGCCUGAAUUUAGGGAGAUCGAUGGCGAUGACAGUGCAGCAAAAGCCGGUGACUUAUUUGGGUAUCCUCUAAUGAUCAAGAGCAAACGGUUAGCUUACGAUGGGCGAGGAAAUGCUGUUGCUCAUAGCAAAGAAGAGGUUUCUUCUUGCGUAGAUGCUCUUGGAGGAUACGCUCACGGUUUAUAUGUUGAGAAGUGGGCACCAUUCGUGAAGGAGCUUGCUGUCAUUGUUGCAAGGGGAAGGGAUGGUUCCCUUUCUUGCUAUCCUGUUGUUGAAACCAUCCACAAGGAUAACAUUUGUCACAUAGUUAAGGCGCCUGCAGAAGUAUCUUGGAAGAUCAAGGAACUUGCAACUGAGGUUGCCCAAAAAGCUGUUAGGUCAUUAGAAGGUGCUGGUGUCUUUGCGGUUGAGCUGUUUUUGACCAAAGAUGAGCAGAUUUUGCUCAAUGAAGUUGCUCCUAGACCUCAUAAUAGUGGGCAUCAAACAAUCGAGUGUUGCUACACUUCACAAUAUGAGCAACACUUGCGAGCUGUUCUUGGUCUUCCACUUGGUAACCCAUCAAUGAAGACCCCAGCUGCUAUCAUGUACAAUCUACUCGGGGAAGAGGAGGGUGAACGGGGUUUUGCUUUAGCUCAUCAACUAAUCGGAAGGGCAUUGAGUAUACCUGGAGCUUCUGUUCAUUGGUAUAACAAGCCAGAAAUGCGAAAACAGCGAAAGAUGGGCCACAUUACAAUUGUUGGUCCCACAACGGCCAUUGUAGAAAAUAAUUUGAACUCCUUACUGAGUAAGGAAGUAGAAAGUUGUGACGGUCAAACAUCAGCCAUUCCACUAGUUGGGAUCAUAAUGGGUUCUGAUUCAGAUCUUCCCAUCAUGAAGGAGGCUGCCAAGGUGUUAGACAUAUUUGGUGUGCAUUAUGAGGUAAGAAUAGUUUCGGCACACCGGACCCCGGAACUCAUGAACUUUUAUGCUAAAUCAGCUGUUAAGCGAGGCAUCCAGGUUAUAAUUGCUGGUGCUGGUGGUGCAGCGCACUUGCCAGGCAUGGUGGCAUCAGAAACUCCCUUACCUGUUGUGGCUGUUCCUAUACGUGGCUCUCAACUGGGGGGAAUUGACUCUGUUUUAUCAAUGCUCCAGAUGCCAAGAGGUAUUCCUACUGCUACAGUUGGAAUAAAUAAUGCAGAAAAUGCGGCUUUGCUUGCUGUGAGGAUAUUGGCAGUAUUAUUCCCUGAUUUACAGGCCAGAAUGUUCCAAUAUCAACGAGAUAUGACGGAUGAUGUCCUAAAGAAAGGAGAUAAACUAGUAGAAAUUGGCUGGGAAGAAUACUUGAAUGUUAGAUAAGUGGAUGAUUAACUUACACACCCUGGUAAAAGCUUCCAGGCCCUCAGUUUGUAAUUUCAACUUUUAUUAUUGGACUGAUUGUUGAUGAGUGGAAAAUCAACUCAAGGAUUCUGAUUAACCCAGGUUUUGAACAAGGGCAUGCAUUGGAUUCUAGUAUCUACAGUUCUCCAUGGUGUGCUGGUCAUGGCCAAUUUCUGGGCAAUGUUUUUCUUUCCCUUUUUGUAUCAGUACUUUGUUGUAAAAUACAACUAACCCCCAUCAACAGAGGGGUGAGCUUUUUGGGAUAAAAAGCUACAAGUACAAUGCCUCACUACAUAGAUGCUUCUCUUACAUUACAAAGCCGCGAAGACUAGAAAUUGGUAUUGUUUCAGCAUUUGAUACAAGUUAAAAUAGCUUGUAACAACUUACGGUUUGGGUGUUACUGUCUAGGCAUUUGGUUUUUAGUUGGAGGUGUUCUGUUUUGUUGGAUCUGCUUUCUAUUUUAAUGUAGUUGGACAAUUUUCUCCUGUACCAUCUUUACGGUAUUAUAUGUAUUAUAUUACCUAGUUAGAUGUC